UGCCAUUCCAUCAUCUGUAUCUCCUUCCACCCCUCAGCUGCAUGACCAUGUUCCGCCCUUUCCUCAUCCCUCUCCGGCAUCCCACCCGCCUAGUCCACCACCUACAUCGACCCCUACCCACCCCUCGCUCCCUCCCCUUUCUCCCCUUAUACCCUUCUUCACCUACCGCCAAUGCUCUAAAAGCGUACUCUUCAAAGAAGAGGGCGAGAGAGGCGGAGAUAGAAGAGCUGGGGGAUGAUUUGUUUGGGGAUGAUUCUGGCGAGGCGGGUGAGGGGCAGGGGAAGGUUGGUGAGGCAUGGGAGACGGUGGGACAAGUUUCAGAGCUCGGGCAAGAGUCGAGUCGACCCGAGCAGGCUAUCCCGGUCAAAGAAACACCUGUCCGACCGAGACUUCCAAGCUCGAUCAAGAAACUCAACAGGCUCUUGUCGAGGCAAGCUAAAUUCGAGCUUUUGGAAGAAGAGCUCGAUGAGAAAUUCGUCAGAGGGCGAGGACCAGGCGGCCAAGCUAUCAACAAGACCAACUCUUCCGUAUCUCUUACCCACAUUCCAACGGGUAUCAGAGUUCAGUCCCAGCCAACAAGGUCCAGAGAAGAGAACCGCAAAAUAGCCAGAAAGAUCCUCGCUGAAAAACUCGCCGUUCUCAAAGCGACGGGUAAACUCCCCGGUAUGGCGCCGGAAGGAGAUGGGAUAGAGGGUGUUUCGGUUGAUAUGGGAGGAGAUGGAGAGGAGGAUGAGAAGAUGAGUAGGAAGGAGAGGAGGAAGAAGGAAGAGGUUAAGUUGAGUGAGACGUAUACCAAGGCAGAGAUUAGGGCGGCGAAGGAGAGGAAGCGAAAGGCGGAUAGGGCGAAGAAGGCAAAGAAGAAGUAUGGGAAUGGUAAGCGGGGUCAACAAGAAGAGGAGGAAGGUGGAGAAGAAGGGGAGGAAGAGCAAGGGUUGGACAAGAAAGAUUGAAGUUUACAGCGAUCAUGCAUAU